GGGCCGAGAAGAUAAGCAAAAAAAUGGGACACUUGGGGCAGGAGGGAGGCGGCUUACGAUGCGGGAGAAUCAGUCGGAUUAAAAGAAACGUUUUCCCAAAACAUAAGGCCCAAUUCCGAACAAGUGUACUCCUAAAAAGGAAAAACAAAUAUAAGGCCCAAUGGGCUCUGGACCCAAUAGAAACUCUUGGACCAAGACGAAUCACACACACAUGUUGCGUUGCGUCUCCACCGUCGCCCUGCAAUUUCCGUUCCCACUCAAACCCCACGCCAUUAGAAAAAAAAUGAGAGGGGAAAAUCCCACUUAAACCCGACGACGGUGGGGAGCACGACGGCCGCGCCGGGCGGCACCAUCGGCGCGGACGAACGGUGGCGCGAUCGGAGGCCCUCGUCAUGGAUUUGUAGCUGUACAGCUUGUGAUCUCCUGGUUGUCUUGUCUGCCACUGGCUGGGCACCCGCGCGCCCACCACCUGCUCGUGCAAAUGCGCGGCACAGCCCAGCACUUGCACCGCCUGUUGAUCCCGAUGCCGGCCACCUCCGGAUGCUUGCCUACUAGGAUCAUGUGCAGCGUUGUUUGUGGAGAUAACUUUCUGAAAACCAGAGAUGCUAACCUGGCCCCAGAGGAUUGGCAUUAUUGCGCAAAUCAGGCUGAGGCUUGCUCUAGAUGAUUCAAAGGGUAGGGGCGGCGACUGCGAGCAUGCCUGAUGCACCUCUUCCUUGCAUGAGAAAAUACAGAGGUGGUGUGCUCUUUCUGAAGAAGGCGACAGCAGACCGAAGCCCAUUCACCCGGUGCCGGCUAUGGAUAACUUCAAUUAAAAAGAGCUUGGCUUUUUUGGAUAAAGGAGGUGGCGCCCGGCUUCUGCAUGGAGUCAAUACAUAACCAGGUCGGUUCACUCUAGCUUUAUCAUGCUCAACUUACUGCAGAUCUGUGUACACACGCUCCUAAAGUAGUGUUCAGAUUAACUAAUAACUGGGUACGCAAGGGGAUCCUCUUGGCAAAGCACCACAACAGUACAGUAUUUCCCGAGACAGAUAACCCCAGCCAUAUAGGGCUACUGGCGCGAGUGCCCGCUGCCGAAGUUGAAGUGCCGAGCCGUCUCCGGUGGCUUUCCCACUGCCUGCGCCCGCUUAUCGUGCACUGGGCAAUCAUAGCCGACGCAGAAACAAAUCAGUUAGGGGCCAUGCCAUUACCGCCACUCUCGCCGGUCGCCGUCACCUCAUUCUCCAUCCAUCUAUCCUCGUCCCCAGUCCAUAUUUUCUGCAACCUGCUGCUGCAUCCUUGCCGAUCCAUCUCUAGUACAUCGAGGUCGAGCCUAUAGAGAUGCUACCGCCAUGUAGAACACUUAGCUAGCUCCGAGGUCCAAGCUACCUCCCAUAGUCCAUCACUGGCUGCUUGCCUUCCCAGUAAAGCAUGAGGGCUCCCAUGGCCGUCAGGCUCGCGGCCAUUCUCCUCCUCCUCCACCUCACGCGCUUCCAUGCCAUGGCCGCUGCGGCGGGUGAGCGGCGGGCUGGGACGAUCGUCUGGCAGCAGCAUCGGCGGCAAGUGCUGCUGCAGGAGAAGGCCACGCUCCUGGCGUUGAAACGCUCGCUCACCCUGCCGUCGCCGUCGGCUCUGGCCGACUGGAACGAGUCCAAUGGCGAUGUCUGCGGCCUCACCGGCGUCGCCUGCGACUGGAGGCGGCAGCACGUCAUCGGCCUCUCCCUAGGCGACAAGAACAUCUCUGGCCCCGUGCCGCCGGUCAUCGGUAACCUCACGCGCCUCAAAAGCCUCGACAUGUCUCGCAAUUUCCUCGCAGGGCAGAUCCCGGCCGAACUCUCCAACCUCCGCGGCCUCGAAGUCCUCGACCUCGGCCACAACCAGCUCAGCGGCGGCAUACCGCCGUCCCUCUCUGAGCUGGCGAACAUGUACUACCUCAGCCUCAAGGAUAAUCAGCUCUCAGGCCCUAUCCCGGCCGUUCUCUUCAAGAACUGCACCAGUCUAGGUCUGGUCGACUUCGGCAAUAAUGAUCUAUCCGGCGAGAUUCCCCUGGAAGCCUCGGAGAACAUUCUUGUGCUCAACCUCUACUCCAACAUGCUAACCGGAAAACUCCCAUGGUGGCUCGCUAACUGCACGUAUCUAUACUUGCUGGAUGUGGAGGACAACUCGCUCACCGACGAGCUCCCCUCCGGCAUCAUAGCGGGCAAGCGGCAGCUCAAGUACCUGCAUUUGUCCAACAACUACCGGUUCUCGAGCCACGACGGCAACACCAACCUGGAGCCCUUCUUCGCCGCAGUAUCGAACUGCUCCCAAAUACUGGGGAUCGAGGCCGGCGCGGUGGGGAUGGGCGGUCGGCUGCCAAGUGUAGGGCAAUAAGCCACGGCGAGCUCGGACGCGGUGCGCAUGUGUGUGCACGGUGGACGCGUCGGGUUCGGCCCGUGGCAAGCGUGGGCGCGUGUGUGCAUGACCGAGUGUGUGCGUGCGUGGGUUAGUUAGCGAGGGUUCAGGGGUGUAGACCGCGUCGGGCGCGUGGUGUGGCCGCGGUGAUCGUGGGUGCGCGAGCCGGAGCGCGCGGGACGUGACGAGUGGGAGGUGGGUGCGUCAGAGCGAGACCCGGCGUGUUAGAGCACGCGGGUAUAAGACCCUCUCCACCCUGUGUACUUGUUGCCCGAUCGGGUACGUGCUCGAGGUGAAAAGAACAGAAAAGUGCCGUCCGUGCGGCAGGGUGUUUGAGCGCCCGGAAAUCCUCUGUGUUCUUUUUCCCCUCCGACCGUGUCUCCGGUGAUCACCGUCGAGUGCUAGGUCAGGCUGCGCCAACACCAAGCUGGCUUGGCUCGUUGCUCCCACCAAAUAUAUCGCACCUAAACCUGGAGCUCAACAAGAUCGAGGGCCCAAUCCUGGCCGACAUGGGCGACGUGAUAAACAUCACACUGAUGAACCUGUCGAGCAACCAGCUGAAUGGGACAGUCCCGGAUUCCAUCUGCGGCUUGCGAAGCUCGAGCAGCUCUCCCUUUCCAACAACGCCCUGAGGGGCAUGAUCCCAGCGUGCAUAGGCAACGCGACGAGCCUCGGCGAGCUGGAUCUGUCAAGCAAUGCGCUGUCGAGGAGCAUCCUGAGCGGCAUCGGGACCGGGCUUGUCAACCUCUACCUGCAGAACAACCAGCUGUCCGGGGAGAUACCGGCAAACCGCCUUGCCGAAUGUAUCCGCUUGCUGCACCUUGACCUCUCGAACAACAGCUUGACCGGGGAGCCGAGGAGGUACCGGACAUGGUCUCUGGCACCAACAUUAUAUCUCUGAACCUGUCGCACAACCAGAUCAGAGGUGAGCUUCCGCGGGGACUCGGCAACAUGCAACAGGUGCAAGCGAUUGACCUGUCCUGGAACAACUUCAGUGGCACGAUCUCCCCGCAGAUUGGGCUCUGCCGUGAGCUGGAGGUCCUCGACCUGUCGCACAACUUGCUCAGCGGCGUCCUACCUGGACGUCUCCAACAAUUCCCUGACCGGUGAGAUCCCUGCAAACCUGACGAAAUGCACCAGCCUGAAACAUUUCAACCUGUCAUACAAUGACUUCGUCGGCCAUGUGCCCGACACUGGCGUCUUUGCGGACUUCACCUUCCUGUCCUACAUUGGCAACCCACGGCUCUGCGGCUCGGUGGUGAGACGCAACUGCCAAAGGCACCGCCCAUGGUAUCAGUCCCGGAAGUAUUUGGUCGCGAUGUUCGUCUGCGCCGCCGUGCUAGCAUUCGUGCUGACAAUCCUCUGCGCGGUCGGUGCCUGGAAGAUCCGGGAUUGGCUAGCUGCAAUGCGGGAGGACAUGUUCAGGGGCCGACGCAGCGGAGGCUCAUCGCCGGUGAUGAAGUACAAGUACCCGCGCAUCACGUACCAGGAGCUGGUUGAGGCGACAGAGUAGUUCAGUGCAGACCGGCUCGUCGGAACAGGUAGCUACGGCCGCGUGUACCGUGGCACGGCGCGGGACGUCACCAUGGUUGCCGUGAAGGUGCUGCAGCUCCAGUGAGGGAACUCGACCAAGAGCUUCAGCCGCGAGUGCCAGGUCCUGAAGCGCAUCCGCCACCGGAACCUCAUGCAGAUCAUCACCGUAUGCAGCCUGGCGGACUUCAAGGCGCUGGUCCUGCCCUUCAUGGUGAAGGGCAGCCUCGAGCGGUGCCUCUAUGCUGGGCCUCCGGCCGAGCUCAGCCUGGUGCACCGUGUCAACAUCUGCAGCGACAUCGCCGAGGGGGUGGCCUACCUGCACCACCACUCGCCAGUCAAGGUCAUCCACUGUGACCUUAAGCCAAGCAACGUCCUCAUCAACGACGACAUGACCGUGCUCGUGUCUGACUUCGGCAUUUCCCGGCUGGUCAUGAGCGUUGGUGGUGUGGCCAACCCGGCCGACGUCGAUGCCUCCACCGCCAACAUGCUGUGCGGUUCCAUCGGAUACAUUCCUCCAGAGUAUGGCUACGGCUCGAACCCGGCGACGAUGGGUGAUGUGUACAGCUUCGGCGUUCUGGUGAUGGAGAUGGUAACGAGGAAGAAGCCGACCGACGACAUGUUCGAGGGCGGGCUGAGCCUGCACAAGUGGGUGAAGAGCCACUACCACGGCCGGGCCGACGCGGUGGUCGACCAGGCGCUGGCCAGGAUGGUUAUGGACCAGACGCCCGAGGUGAGGAGGAUGUCGGACGCGGCCAUCGGCGAGCUGCUGGUGAUAAGAUCCAUGGGAUCGUGUAGGGUAGGAUUAGAUCCGGUGAACCUACCUUCUUCAGCAGUGGAUGAACUCGAGCCGGAGGCCAUCGUGGUGCUGGGGCGCACGGCGAUGGCGGAGAGUGGGCGAGGUGGUGGAGCUUCCCGUGAGCACCGCGCUAACCCUAGAUCGGUAGGGAUUGUAGGUGGGGAUUGUGGCAGCGAUGAACCUCGUAAGUCGUGCCCCGGCCCCCACCUCUGUUUAUAUAGCGCGGGUCACAGGGGCCCACCAACCAUGGUUUGGUUGGGCGCCCCCGAUCAGGGCGCGAGUCAGGGGCCCGUUCGACCCGUUUUGGGUUCGAACGGGAGAGAGAUCAACCUAACAUUCUCCCCCUUGAUCUCAACUUUACUUUUAACUUUAUACUUUCUAGUUUAUUUGUUUCAUCA